AUGUCUAUCCGGCAGUUGGUGUCGAAGCAAUCUAUGGUGCUAGCCCAAUUCCCUCUGGCCAAAUACUCAUAUGUCGAAACCCUCGUCAACCAACAUGAGUCUCCUAACUGGACGCACUCGCACUCGAGCGAUUUGACUAUUAUUAUCGAAAAGGAGGAGCCAUCCCCCUCGGCAAUUAAUUUUAUGCAACCAAAACUGAGGCUGCGCGUCGUUCGAGCCCAGGAGAAUUUGGAGGACCUCGAUCUGAACUUCUUGGCCCGGGAAGCUACCCAGCAAGCGAUUGAGAAGCAAACAAGGAAUAUCAAGCCCUUGGUUGCCAUUAUCGUCAAGGAUCCUUGUUUAGCCGUUCGAUAUCCAUUUGGUAAAGAUCAGAUGCGCCGCUUCCAGCUGAAGUUCUGCUCAAGUCAGGAUUGGAGCGAUACCCUGAAUAUAUUGAGAGAAAUCAACUGCUAUUACAGCGAAUCUUCAACCGAGCACCCAUCGCGGUCAGCAAGUAUACGACCGGACUCGUCAUCGUCAAGGAUCAUGACUCCAGUCACAUCAUUUUCAAGUAUAAACAGCGAUUGGAGACAACGAGCGUCUUCCCCGGCUUCGCUCCCAUCGCAUCGGUUCAUCGAUACUAGUACCGCGACAAUUCCGGACGAGACUAUCAAGGACAUGACAGGUGAGCGCACGUCAACGCAAGCAGCAGAAAGACCCAUUACAGCACCGGCAUAUGAUAGUCAAGCACUCGACAAAGAACUGCCACCAAAACGAGACCUUCCAUUCUCUAGACCCGGAACACGCCUAUCUCACACACUAAACAGACAACCGGCAACCCGGUUCUCGAGACCAAGCGAAACAAGUUCAAACACUCAGCAAAACCCUACCCCUUCUGGUUUUGAAAUGACCACAGCAUCGCCACGCCCACAUACGGCUCAGUCCACACAGGUCCUCGCAACAAGCUCUCCUGCACGCCAGCUCCGCUUAGAACUAGAAGACAAACAAUGGGGCACAAACCAGGAACAGAAGCCAUCACCGCUGGCAGUCAACGCCUCUUCACUACUUCUCGAUACUUCCAUCUUCCAACCAUUUAACCCUAUUAACAACAAACCACACGCCAAAGGCCCUCCAGCUGCCUCCUGCAUUGGUUCACCGCCUACACUGGACACCUCACCUACAUCUCAUCAACAACCUGUUACGGGCCAAGAAGCCAGCAACAUAACCAAACCCCCCCACGUUACUCCAUUGCUUUCCACAGACCUAUCCAGUUUCCUCACAACACCAGAAUCAGAACGCUCGGCGCUAGUCUCCAAUUGGAUCUGCCAGCAACUCGAAGAUGACGGUUUUCGUGCCCUGUGCCAAGAUGUCGAGCGAGUAUGGCAGAGAAUCGCCCUUGGGUCUUAG